AUGAGCGUGGAGGCGUACGGGCCGAGCUCGCAGACUCUCACCUUCCUGGACACGGAGGAAGCGGAGCUGCUGGGCGCCGACACCCAGGGCUCGGAGUUCGAGUUCACCGACUUCACCCUGCCGAGCCAGACCCAGACGCAGGGCCAGACGCAGAGCCAGCUGGACGGACAGGUGAUCGUUUCUGACGGGGUUUUGCAGAAUGGGGGGCUGGACGAUGCUGUCGUGAAAACCAGCCAGCUUCUUGCAGAGCUGAAUUUUGAGGAGGAUGAGGAGGACACCUAUUACACGAAAGAUCUCCCUCUGCAUGCUUGCAGUUACUGUGGAAUCCAGGAUCCUGCGUGCGUGGUCUACUGUAACACCAGCAAGAAGUGGUUCUGCAACGGGCGAGGAAACACCUCUGGCAGCCACAUCGUGAACCACCUGGUCAGGGCCAAGUGCAAGGAGGUGGCGCUUCAUAAGGACGGGCCUCUGGGAGAGACGGUGCUGGAGUGUUACAACUGUGGCUGCCGCAAUGCCUUCCUGCUGGGCUUCAUCCCGGCCAAGGCCGACUCCGUGGUGGUGCUCCUCUGCAGGCAGCCAUGUGCCAGUCAGAGCAGCCUGAAGGACAUCAACUGGGACAGCUCGCAGUGGCAGCCUCUGAUCCAGGACCGCUGCUUCCUGUCCUGGCUGGUGAAGAUCCCGUCGGAGCAGGAGCAGCUGCGUGCGCGGCAGAUCACCGCCCAGCAGAUCAACAAGCUGGAGGAGCUCUGGAAGGAGAACCCCAGCGCGACGCUGGAGGACCUGGAGAAGCCGGGCGUGGACGAGGAGCCACAGCAUGUGCUGCUGCGCUACGAGGACGCCUACCAGUACCAGAACAUCUUCGGCCCGCUCGUCAAGCUGGAGGCCGACUACGACAAGAAACUCAAAGAGUCCCAGACCCAAGACAAUAUAACGGUCAGGUGGGACCUGGGGCUGAAUAAAAAAAGGAUUGCUUAUUUCACACUUCCCAAGACGGAUUCAGGUGACAUGCGCCUGAUGCAGGGGGAUGAGAUCUGCCUCAGGUACAAAGGAGACCUGGCUCCACUCUGGAAGGGGAUUGGACACGUCAUCAAAGUCCCGGACAACUACGGGGACGAGAUUGCGAUUGAGUUAAGGAGCAGUGUGGGGGCUCCAGUGGAAGUCCCUCACAACUUCCAGGUGGAUUUUGUGUGGAAAUCCACCUCCUUUGACAGGAUGCAGAGUGCUCUGAAGACCUUUGCGGUGGAUGAGACCUCUGUGUCUGGGUACAUCUACCACAAGCUGCUGGGCCACGAGGUGGAGGACGUGCUCAUUAAGUGCCAGCUGCCCAAGCGCUUCACCGCCCAGGGCCUGCCCGACCUCAACCACUCUCAGGUGUACGCUGUAAAGACGGUGCUGCAGAGGCCCCUCAGCCUCAUCCAGGGCCCUCCGGGAACCGGGAAGACCGUCACCUCGGCAACCAUCGUGUACCACCUGGCCCGGCAGGGGAAUGGGCCGGUGCUGGUCUGCGCUCCCAGCAACAUUGCUGUGGAUCAGCUGACCGAGAAGAUCCACCAGACCGGCCUGAAGGUGGUGCGGCUCUGCGCCAAGAGCAGGGAGGCCAUCGACUCGCCCGUCUCCUUCCUGGCCCUGCACAACCAGAUCCGCAACAUGGACAGCAUGCCUGAGCUGCAGAAGCUGCAGCAGCUGAAGGAUGAGACUGGCGAGCUGUCCUCUGCAGACGAGAAGCGUUACCGUGCUCUGAAGCGCACCGCCGAGAGAGAACUGCUCAUGAACGCUGACGUGAUCUGCUGCACCUGUGUGGGCGCAGGGGACCCCCGUUUGGCCAAGAUGCAGUUCCGCUCCAUCCUGAUAGACGAGAGCACCCAGGCCACGGAGCCGGAGUGCAUGGUGCCCGUCGUCCUGGGGGCCAAGCAGCUGAUCCUGGUGGGAGAUCACUGCCAGCUGGGCCCGGUUGUGAUGUGUAAGAAAGCGGCCAAAGCGGGCCUGUCCCAGUCCCUGUUCGAGCGGUUGGUGGUUCUGGGGAUCCGGCCCAUCCGGCUGCAGGUGCAGUACCGCAUGCACCCCGCCCUCAGCGCCUUCCCCUCCAACAUCUUCUACGAGGGCUCCCUGCAGAACGGCGUCACCGCAGCCGACCGCAUCAAGAAAGGCUUUGACUUCCAGUGGCCUCAGCCAGACAAGCCCAUGUUCUUCUAUGUGACACAGGGACAGGAGGAGAUCGCCAGCUCAGGAACUUCCUACCUGAACAGGACUGAGGCGGCCAACGUGGAGAAGAUCACCACCAGGCUGCUGAAGGCCGGGGCCAAGCCUGACCAGAUCGGCAUCAUCACGCCGUACGAGGGCCAGCGCUCCUACCUGGUGCAGUACAUGCAGUUCAGCGGCUCCCUGCACACCAAACUCUACCAGGAGGUAGAGAUUGCCAGUGUGGACGCCUUCCAGGGCAGAGAGAAGGACUUCAUCAUCCUGUCCUGCGUGCGAGCCAAUGAGCACCAGGGUAUCGGGUUUCUCAAUGAUCCACGCCGUCUGAAUGUGGCCCUUACAAGAGCGAGGUACGGGGUGAUCAUUGUGGGGAACCCCAAGGCCCUCUCCAAGCAGCCCCUGUGGAACCACCUGCUGAACUACUACAAGGAGCAGAAGGUGCUGGUGGAGGGACCCCUCAACAACCUGCGCGAGAGUCUGAUGCAGUUCAGCAAGCCCCGCAAGCUGGUCAACACCAUCAACCCUGGGGCCCGCUUCAUGAGCACAGCCAUGUACGACGCCCGCGAGGCGCUGAUCCCUGGCUCAGCGUACGACCGCAGCAGCACAGGGCGGCCUGCGAGCAUGUACUUUCAGACCCACGAUCAGAUCGGCAUGAUCGGCGCGGGCCCCAACCCCAUGGCGGCUCUCAACAUCCCCAUCCCCUUCAACCUGGUCAUGCCCCCAAUACCCCCUCCCGGGUACCUGGGCCAGACCAACGGCCCUGCCGCAGGCCGCGGUGCUUUGAAGGGGAAGGCAGGGCGUGGCGGGCGGCAGAGGAACCGUGGCGUGGGUAACCAUGGCAGCGGGCAGGGCAACAUGGCCAGCAGCCAGGCCAGCCAGGACAUGGUGUCUCAGUCCGGCCCGCUCACCCAAGGCUUCAUCUCCAUGAGCCAGCCGUCCCAGAUGAGCCAGCCAGGCCUGUCCCAGCCCGAGCUGUCCCAGGACAGCUAUCUGGGCGACGAGUUCAAGUCCCAGAUCGACGUGGCACUGUCCCAGGACUCCACCUACCAGGGAGAGCGUGCGUACCAGCACGGCGGGGUGCCUGGCUUGUCACAGUACUAGAGCGGCACGGGAAGCGGAGCUGGGGCUGAGCUUUAGUUCGUCAGCAUUUUAAUCUGGGUAAUAUUAAAUAAAAAAACAAAAAACAGAUACCUGUUUUCCACUGCUACAACUGAAGCACCACUGUGAGAGCUACAGGAGAGCGAGAGAGAAACCAACCUAGAAAAACCGGAGAGAGAGAGCGAGAGAUGGAG